UUUUGUACUUGGCAGAUGAAGUGCAAGUGUGAAAAGGUAAAACUUGUUUAACUCAACCCUUAAAUCUCAGCUGUUUUCUCUUUCAGUUCCUCCCACCAACGUCAUGUUGACCAUGGACACAGAGGUCAGAGAGGGUCAGCUCGUCACGGUCAACUGUACCACUGAAAGUUUUCCAGCUGCAACUUUCACUGUGAAAACAUCUUCAACAUCAUAUAAGUAUUCUUCAGGAAAAAAAUCAACCCAGUCUAAAAAACACACUUUCAUAAAUAAAUUUAAUGCAACUUCAGCCCAUGCUGGAUCUUACAUCUGUGUUGCAACAAACAGUGAAGGAAAUCAGACAAGCCAAGAGAAGAUCCUGGAGGUUAAAUAUUCCCCCAAAGAUGUGAGAGUAGAAGCACAGCCUGGAUCUGUUGUGGUGGAAAAUCAGCCUUUCUCAUUGAACUGCAGCUUCCAUUCUAACCCAUCCAUCACCUCACUCACCUGGACGAAGAAGACCAAUGACAGCAGAGAAAUGACUGUGAGUUCUGAGAGGAGAUUCUCUGUGAAAUCUGCCAGUCCCUCUGACAGUGGAUGGUACAGCUGUUCAGCUACAAAUGAUGUUGGAACAGAAAAAUCCCAGCCUGUACAGAUUACAGUUUAUUAUGCUCCAAAACAAACAACAAUCAUCAAAGGUGAAGAACAGGUGCAUGAUGGGAAACGAUUUGUGACUCUGAGCUGCAGCAGUCUCUGUGAUCCUCCUGCAACUUAUGUCUGGUACAAAAAAAGAGAAAAUGAAAAAGUUUCUGAUGGAAAGAAUUUAACAGUGUCAUCAGACCAAGCAGGAGAGUUCUAUUGUGUUGCUAAAAAUGAGAUUGGUCAAAGAUCAUCUGAACCUGUGAGACUGUUUGAUGUCAUGAGCACAGCAACAAUCGUGAGACUUUUCUUUGUUGUCCUGAUUUUGGUCUUAACAGUUGUUUUAGUUUUCUUCUCAUACAGGAAGAAUAAAGUACCUCAGUUGGGAACUAUGGACAAACAAGUCUACAGUGACUUUGUGGAAGAAGAGGUGGAAUUGUAUUAUGUGAACAUCUCUGAUUAUGCAGCUGAACGUCUGGAUGAGAGUGACUCGGUUUAG